GCGAACCUCGCCUACCUCGCUUCUCCUUCUCCUGGUUUCGCCUGAAACCAUCGCCUACCGUAUCCUUUCUCCCCUUCCGUCCCCGAAACAAUCGCGGUACCGUUGCGAAUAGAUCUAGCUCGGAAGGGAGCGACGGGAUCGCGACGUUCAAAGAUCUCCGAAACUCCACUAUAUCUCCUUUUUCCACUCCGCUUCUACCCGACCAACCCUCGUUUUUAUGUUCCUUCAUCCCGCCAGUUUCGCUUGCUUCAGCUCAUCUAAAUCCUGUAAAUCCAACGAAGAAGAAAAGUUCAGUGCAUAUCGGAUUCGUCGUCCUUUUUUCUACUGGAUAUUGCAGCCAGUUUGGAUCGGCGCGUUCUCCUUAGAGAAGUAUAUGAAGUGAACUUGCUGGUUUACACAUGGGGCUGAGCAAGAACGAAGUGAACCUGAGGAGGUUGCUUGCAGCUGCCCCCCGUCAAUCGAAUCAAGUAAAGCUAAUCCAUUAUGUUACAACAGCACGUGAGUUAUUGGAACAGAUAGGAGCAGAGUCUGCAAUGGGUGGAGUAUCCGGCAUUUCAAAGGCCAAACUUAAUGAAUAUUCAGAGAAGGUUGAAGCCCUUGCUGCUAGAUUAUUAGUUCCUGAACCAGAAUCUAUGGAGGCUGUUCAAGAAACUUCUGUUGAGGAAAUUGUUCCUGUAUCAGAGAAUCCUGAAAGCCAUACAUAUCCUACUCCCAGCUUGAGAAGAAGAACUGCAUCUGUAACAAAAGUUGAUAGAAACCAUGAGACAGUCGCGAUGGAUACUGGAACACCUGUAAAAUUGGAUGCAGAAGCACAUGCACAUAUUGAGAAGCAUAGAAAACUUCAGUCUGAUUUAACAGAUGAAAUGGUUACUUUGGCAAAACAACUAAAGGAAAGCAGUCUCCUGAUGAAUAAAUCCUUGAAUGAAACUGAAAUGAUUUUGGACUCUACAGAGAGGGCUGUUGAGCAGAGCUUGGCGAGCACGGGCCGUGCCAAUGUUCGCGCUGUUCAGGUAUACUCAGAGAGCUCGAAAACUACAUGCCUCACUUGGCUCAUUAUAUUUAUUAUGAUGAGUUUAUUCAUUAUGGUAGUUCUUCUCAUCCGUAUAACUUAAAAUGCUUCUAAUUGUUUAUUCAUUAUGCACAUGUAAUGUUAAUUACCUCAAUGUUAUUCCUUUAUCAAUAUUACAAUGUAUGAGAGAAUGCUGGAUGAUUAGAAAU